CCUCCAACCGCAUCACCUGAGUGUGACCUUCAGUCCCGGGCUUCCUCACUUGCCGAAGGCCCACACCCGGGACCAGAGGCCUGUACUGGACACUGGAAGGAUGAGGUCCUCUUUGAUGUCUUUGGGGCCCCCUGUGGGCCGGAACCGUGUCAUCACCAGCUUCCCUAAGUGGUACACACGCGAUGCCUGCCUGCAGCUCAAGGAGCACUUCCACGCACAGGUCAGCACGGCUUGCCAGCGCAGGAACACGGGGACCGUCGGGCUCACACUGUCCAAGGUGGUCGUUGUCGGCGAUCUGUACGUGGGCAAGACCAGCCUCAUCCACAGGUUUUGCAAGAAUGUCUUUGACCGUGAUUACAAGGCCACUAUCGGGGUAGACUUUGAAAUUGAGCGCUUUGAGAUUGCUGGGAUUCCCUACAGCCUCCAGAUCUGGGACACAGCCGGGCAGGAGAAAUUCAAGUGUAUCGCAUCUGCCUACUACCGGGGUGCCCAAGCGAUCAUCACAGCCUUCGACCUCAGCGACGUGCAGACCCUGGAGCACACCAGGCAGUGGCUGGAGGAUGCACUGAGGGAGAACGAGGCAGGCUCUUGCUUCAUCUUCCUCGUGGGCACCAAGAAGGAUCUUCUAUCAGGGGCGGCAUGUGAGCAGGCAGAAGCCCAGGGUGUGAGCCUGGCCAGUGAGAUGCAGGCGGAGUACUGGUCGGUGUCUGCCAAGACAGGAGAGAACGUGACGGAAUUCUUCAGCCGUGUCGCUGCCCUGGCCUUCGAGCAGUCCGUCCUGAAGGACCUGGAGAAAAGGCCCAGUGCCCAGCUCCAGAUUGGUGACAGAGACGGAGAGCUGAUCCAGCUGGAGACACAUUCACCCAGGACCCACGACAGCAAGAGGCCCCCUGGCCUGGGCUGCUGUCAGUAGCAUCUGCUCCCUGCACAUGAGGUGACACGGAGCCCAAGCUCCACACUGUGCCCACCCGGUCCCCAGGGCUCAGCCACUUUUCUUUCUCAGGCCAGGAGCCCCAGGCCACUGCCCGACUGCUUAGAGGCCUGUGGUAAGCCCCCCCAGAGGGUCACUGGAUAAUCUCUGUGGCCUCGAGGACAGCAAGCUCAGGUCACUCCGGGCCUGGCCCACAGCCCGCGCCAUGACCCAUGUCAGCAGUCACCUCGGUGCUUCCUCCCGCCGAUCCUGGAUGUGGCCCCCGAGAACUUCUCACCUCAGUGUUCUGGGCAAUGAGGGCAUUUCUGAAUGGUCACUUGAGAGAACCCCCAACCUGUCAUCCCACCUGGAAAUGAGUUCUCUCUCAUCAAGGGGACAUGCCAUCCUGGGCCUUGGAGUUCUACCCCAUGGGCAGUCCUACCGUCAAGGAACAAAGAACAAAGAAAUCACUUGGGCCCCUUCUGGCCAAACCCUUCCCCAGCUCCUGAGAGUCCCUUGCUCCUGCCCUGCUUGUCAGUGGACAAGGAGGGGUGCCUGUGACUCACCUGAAGGUCUGUUGUCCUGCUAUGCUGAGAGGUAAAGAUUCCAGGGCACCCUCGGACAACUCAUGCCCUGUCCCCCAAGCCUGCCCUCUUCUGUAGCCCUGGGUCUGUGUCCGUAUAAUCCUGACAUCCUUCCAUUGAUGGGGACGGCAUUACAGCUGGGGGAGGGGUGCUGAUUGAGACAGAGUCUCAUGUAACCCAGGCUAGACACCUAGAACUCUCUAUGCAGCAGAGGAUGACCUUGAACUCCUGACCCUCCUGCCUCUGCCUUCCAAAUGCGGGGGCCAUGGGCACACAUGACUGUGCCCAGCUUCUCCUGCUUCUUGCAGAUGGCGGGCAUUUUGUGGGCAGCCAUGCAAAGCGUUACCUUCUCCAUGUGCCUAGGUACCACACAUCCUUGUGAACAUGUAUCAGCUCAGCAAUAGCCAGGCAUCAGGGAGGAAAUCUGACAUAUUUUUCUGUUCAAUAGCUUUACCCACAUUUUAAGC